CGGGGCGGCGGGCACCGAGUCACCAGGCACAACCGUGGGCUCCGAGUCAACUGGGAUGACCGCUGGCACUGGGUCAGACAUUGGAUCGUCUGGCUGGACAGCGGGCAUCGGGUCACCAGGCAUCAGGUCAUUUGGCUCGACAGCGGGCACCGCGUCAUCUGGCAAGGCACGGGCACCGCGUCAUCUGGCAAGGCAGUGGGCUCCGAGUCAACUGGUAUGACCGCGGGCACUGGGUCAGACAUUGGAUCGUCUGACUGGACAGCGGGCAUCGGGUCACCAGGCAUCAGGUCAUUUGGCUCGACAGCGGGCACCGCGUCAUCUGGCAAGGCAGUGGGCUCCGAGUCAACAGGCACAACAGUGAGCACCGGGUCAUCAGGUACCGGAUUGUCUGGCUCGACAGCGGGCAUCGGGUCACCAGGCAUCAGGUCAUUUGGCUCGACAGCGGGCACCGGAUCAGGUACCGGAUCAUCUGGAUCAACAGCGGGCAUCGAGUCAACUGGCCUAAUAGGAUCGUCAGGCUGGAUCAGUUCAUCAUGCUGGGUAGAGGCAUCAGGCUGAAUGCCGGCGUCCGGCUGAGUAGAGGCUUCAGGCCAGGCCGAGUAGAGGCUUCAGGCCGAGUAGAGGCAUCAGGCCGGCAUCAGGCCGAGUAGAGGCAUCAGGCCGAGGCCGAGAGAGGCAU